CUAUAUCAUAAGUGGAUAAUCGGAUCUGAUGGUGAAAUAUUUGUAUUUCUCCAUGAAAUCUUGAUUUUUCAUUCGAUAAUAUAAUGUCUGGAAAUCCUGUAGUUAAUCUGGUUUUUAAGAUUAAAAUCAUUUAUGUGGAGUUUGUGUAUAGAUAUUGGAUUUUAGGAUUCAAUUGCAAAAUAUAGCUGAUAGUGUUCCAUUCUGAGUUGAUUUGGACUCCUUGAAGUAUAAAAUCUUAAUUCUAGGGUUGAUGAAGAAAUUCUCUUUGAGAUUCUGUACAAGAAAUAGACUUGAGCGUUUGAUGUGUUACAUUAGAAGUUGAUUUUAGGAAUAUGGGAUAAUUGUCAAAGCCCUGGAAUUUCUUGGCUGGGAAUCUAGAGCAAAUGACUCUAUGUAGGCAGAAUAUUUAUGAAAAAGGUUGCUUUUGGGGAAGUAAUCAUUCAAAGCUAUAUCCCUUCAUUCAAGCAAAGAUUGAAAGCUAAGAAGCAGGAGAUCAGAGGAUCAAAAUUCUUUAAUGGGUUUAGCUUGAAAGUAAUUUCGGAAUGAGCUUGGAGGAGGAUUUGGGGCUGGGGAAUUUCAGUUAUGUCAGGAGAAAGCACACGCCUUAUCUUUAUAGUUGCUGUCUCUCUAAAAAAUUCAAGUAGAGGCAUCUACAAUGUCUUCCGAUUUGGUUCCAUCCACGUCAACUCUCAGCAACCAUUACGAGCCCCAGGAGUCCACCCAAAGCCUUCUCAGUGGAAGAGGCUCAGGCCUGUCUAGUUUUUUCUCCUAUAGCUUUAUGUACAGAUGGACCUUAAUUUUUUGUCAGUCUUGUUCUGGAACUGAAAAUCUUGUUUGCAUGUACAGCUCAAGCCGCUAUCUUCAAAUGGAUGAUUCUGGAGUUUAUUUAACAUCUCUGGCUGUCACUGUCUUGAUUUCGGCAAUAGCCAUAAUUGGAAUUCUGUUAUUCACACUUGUAAUUACACUAGCUAUAUUACUGGCAUCUUGUCAAAGUAAGCCUGAUGUUGUGGUCAAACAAGGGACGAGACCAGAAAUGGGUGUUGAUGUGUGCAGGAGCUUUGUUUUGAACUUUGAGCUUAACAACAUACAAGGGAAUAAUGUUUUCCCGAGUAUGUGUGAAGAAUAUGUGUUUCAAUACAUGACAAGUGGUCAAUAUGAGAAUGAUGUAAAUGGAGCAAUCAAGGCAGCAGAUAGCUGUUUAAUUUCUGCCGUUGUGAAUGGUGAUGGACUGGAUACAGUAAUAAUGGACGUUGAUGAAACAGCUUUGUCCAACUUUCCAUACUUCAGUACUUUUCAGCGUCGUUCCAUGAUGCAUAAUGUGUCUGCUUGGAAUCAUUGGGUUGAAGAAGCAAAAUCUCCACCACUGAUUCCUACUUUGAAGUUGUAUCAUAAGCUUCAGAACCAUGGUUUGGCUUUGAUUUUCCUUUCUGGAAGACAAGAGAACCAACGGAACUCUACUGUGAAGAACCUCCUUCAUGCUGGUUAUUCUGGUUGGACAAUGUUGAUAAUGCGGACUAAAGAUGAGAUGCAGAUGAAUGUCCAAGCCUACAAGUCCAAACAGAGAUUACAAUUGGAGAGCAUGGGCUUGCGCAUCAAAGGUGUCAUUGGGGAUCAAUGGAGUGACAUUAGAGGGCCUGCUGUUGGUAAUUACACUUUUAAGCUGCCAAAUCCAUUGUAUAAUAUAUUGUGAGUAAUCUUGGGUGUUAUAUAGUUGGUACCAGCAUUUUCUAUGGAGAAGGGCAGAGGUAUUAUGAUAUUAUAGGAUCUUUUGUGUAUGUUGUGCGAGUAUUGGUUAUUGUUGCUAAAAAGCUACUUUGAGAGUGUAGAUGCUCAUUGUUUAUGGCCAUGAAGAGGGGGAUGUAUAAUGAGCUCAUAUAAAUGCUAAGAUUUAGCAGUUAUUGAAGUCAAACAUGAGGUUGAAGACGAACAAAAACAUAUUAUUAUUAUUGGUUUCCUCAUUCUGGUAGAUCAGACUGGAGAAAUGUGUUGUGAAUGUACCCAGUUAUUUCAUACGAAAUUUUAUUUAAGGGUUCCUUAACUUUCGAA